AUGGGAAAAAGUAAUAAUUCAUAUAUAUUAAGUUGCAUCAUUAAUCAUGUUAUCAUAAUAUCAAUAAGCUAUUCAAGUUUAAAAUAACUGUUUAAAAACAAACAUAAAAAAAAGUGUUUUAAUGUGUUUUUAAGGUUAUUAUAUAUUAUUAUUAUUAGGAACAUUUCUAGCUUAAUAAUUUUAAUUUAAUGAAGCAAUGAUAUGUUAUAAUGAUGCAAUUUAAUCAGAUCCAAAUUAUGUUGAUGCGUAUUAUAAUAAAGGUAAGGCAUAUAAUAUCAUUAUCUAUAGCAAACUUAUGUUUUAGAUUAUUACAAUAUGAAGAUGCAAUUAAUUAUUUUGAUAAGGUAAUUGAACUUGAUCCAUAUGACGCUGAUGCAUAUAACAAUAAAGGAUAAGCACUAGAACAAUUGAAUAAAUAUGAACAAGCAUUCAUCUGUUUUGAGAAAGCAAUUUAAUAUGAUCCAAAUGAUGCAUUAGCUCAUUACAAUAAAGGUUGAUAUUUAUUCUAUUAUUAUAAAGGCUGUUCAUUAUUUAAAACCUAAAACUAUUUAGAUGCUAUUAUUUGCUAUAAUAAAGCACUUUAGCUUAAUCCAACUUGGUUAUUACCAUAUGUAGGGAAAGGUUUAUCAUUUAUUAUCUAAUUAAUAGGAGACUCUUUAUAAGCCCUAAAUUAGAUAAAAGAGGCUAUCAUAACUUUAAAAUUGGCAAUUAGAUGCAACCGUGUUCCUCUUUAUAUAAACUAAAAUAUAAAACAACUUAAAAAUUCAUGUUGA